AUGACUGUUCAAACAGCAGAACAGCCACGUAUUUUUCGCCGGAACGACCCAGGCACGAAGAGAGAGUGGGACUUUGGGGUGAGUAGGCCAACAUUCUUUCAGGACUGGUGCAGAUGGCCACCUUUAGCAUUUGAUGACAUGGACUCAACAUUAAACGUCCAACAAUACAUUCAACAGACGAUCCAACAAAAUCCUGCUGAUAUAGAUUUGAUUCUUACACCUCCUCCUGAUCUUGAUGACGGCGUGUGGAAAUAUGAACAUCUUCGUCAGUUCUGCUUGCAACUUAAUGGGCUCGCCUUUAUGCUUCAGGAGGAAUGCAAUCCCGAAACGUGCAUUCAAAUGACUGCGACUGAGCAGUGGAUUUUCCUGUGCGCUGCCCAUAAGAAUCCAAAGGAGUGUUCGGCUAUUGACUACACGAGACAUACCCUCGAUGGUGCAGCCUCACUUCUUAACAGCAACAAGUAUUUUCCGAGUAGAAUAAAUAUCAAGGAAUCGUCGUUAUCAAAAUUAGGAUCCGUAUGCCGGCGGGUAUACAGGAUAUUCUCACAUGCUUAUUUCCAUCAUAGACAAUUAUUCGAUGAAUUCGAGACCAGUACUCAUCUUUGCAAGCGGUCAGUUGAAUUUGUUUCAAUGAUGAUAACUUUGCUUUACAGUGUUUGUUUAGUAUUCUAA